UACUGAGGCCAGCUUGCCCUGGUCAGCCUAGAGAUCUGGCUUCCUAGUCAACAUGAAGGCUCUCCUUUUUCUGGGGCUUCUCCUCCUGUCCGUCACCGUCCAGGGCAAGAUCUUUCAAAGAUGUGAGCUGGCCAAAACUCUGAAAAGACUUGGGAUGGAUGGCUUUAAAGGUGUCAGCCUGGCGACCUGGAUGUGUGUGGCCAAAUGGGAAAGUGAUUAUAACACAAAGACUACAAACUACAAUCCUGGAAGCCGAAGCACUGAUUAUGGGAUAUUUCAGAUUAAUAGCCGUUACUGGUGUAAUGAUGGCAAAACCCCCCAUGCAAAAAAUGCCUGUCAUGUAUCCUGCAGCGAGUUGCUGCAAGAUAACAUCAGUCAAGCUGUAAAAUGUGCAAAGAGGGUUGUCAGUGAUCCACAAGGCAUUAAAGCAUGGGUGGCGUGGAAAACACACUGUCGAAACAAAGAUGUCUCUCAGUAUGUUCGGAACUGUGGAGUGUAACUGUUGGGAGUUUUCCUUCUUCAGCUCAUUCUAGGUCUUUUUCCUUUAAGGGAGUAGUGAUUGAGUGAAAGGUCACACUACCAUUCUUUCAAACAAUAACAUUUUUACAGAUGCAGGAGCAAAAUAUGGUCUUUAUUCUAAAAGGCUUGUUUACAAAUGUGUUUAUUAUUUGAUAGUCAUCCUGUAACAUUUUUCAGUUUGCUAAUAGAAAUAAUGCUGGUGA